AUGGCGUCCUCCUCCGCAGCGCUGCAGCAGAGCCUCGGCGAGUCCGAGGUGUUCGACCUCGUGUGCGACUACCUGCGCACGCGCCAGUUCUUCGAGGCCGAGCGCACGCUGCGCUCCGAGCGCGAGCAGGCCGAGGCCACGGGCUCCCCCCGUGCCGCGUCGCCCGUGGCCGCCAACCAGCAGGGCGCGCCGCCGUCAGAAGACGCCGCCGCACCCUCGCUGGCCUCGCGCCUCGAGUUCAUGCUGGAGCGCAGCUACGUGACGCAGCUCGUGUCCGGCUCGGGCCAGGCCGAGCCCGAGAAGAUCUUCGUGCCGCGCCACGAGGUGGAGGCCACGCCCAAGCGCGCACGCGCCAACCUGGACGGCAACGAGGCGCUGGAGAUUGAGGACGUCAACCGCAACACGCUGGAGGAGGGCGACGACGAGUUCAACAUGAGCACGCGCCUCGUGAGCUUCGAGGCCUGCAAGGACGACCCGCACGGAUCGGCCACCAUGCCCAUCUACCAGACGUCCACCUUCGCACAGCCCUCGGGCACCACCUUCGGCGCCUACGACUACACGCGCUCGGGCAACCCCACGCGCGCGGCGCUCGAGCGUCAGAUGGCCGAGCUCGAGGGCGGACACCGUGCCUUUGCCUUCACCAGUGGCAUGGCCGCGCUGUCAGCCGUCUCUCGCCUGGCGCACGCCGGCGACGAGAUCGUGCUCUCUGACGACUCGUACGGCGGCACCUACCGCCUGCUCAGCAAGGUGGCGACCAAGAACGGCGUCGUCGUCAAGUACGUCGAUCUCUCGGGCCCGGACGGCCCUAAGAACCUGCUGGCGGCACUCUCGGACAAGACCAAGCUGGUCAUGAUGGAGUCCCCCACCAACCCUAUGCAGCGCAUCUGCGACAUCAAGCGCCUCGCUGAGGCGGCGCACACCGUCGGCGCCCUGCUAUCCGUGGACAACACGAUGAUGAGCCCCAUCCUGCAGAACCCGCUCAAGCUCGGAGCCGACAUCGUGGUGCACUCUGCCACCAAGUUCAUCUGUGGACACAGUGACACCAUGUCUGGUAUCGUCAUCGCCAAGGACCCGGAGCUUUGCCGUGACAUCUACUUCUACCAGAACGCCGAGGGCACGGGCCUCGCGCCGUUCGACUGCUGGCUGCUGUUGCGCGGCGUCAAGACCAUGAGUCUGCGCGUGCUGGCGGCCCAGAAGAACGCCGCCAAGGUCGCCAACUUCCUCAACGACCACCCGCUCAUCCAGAAGGUGCACUACACCAGUCUGCUCCCCGAGAGCUCGCCCGACCGCCAGAUCCACGACUCGCAGGCCCGCGGCUGCGGCUCCGUCGUCUGCUUCCGCACCGGCUCGCUCGCCUUCUCGCAGCACCUGCUGACGGUGACCAAGCUCUUCAAGAUCACGGUGAGCUUCGGCAGCGUCAACUCGCUCAUCUCGCUGCCCGGCGCCAUGUCGCACGCCAGCAUCCCCGAGGAGGUGCGCAAGGCGCGCUCGUUCCCGGAGGACCUGGUGCGUCUGUCCAUCGGCGUCGAGGACGCCAAGGAUCUCAUCAAGGAUCUCUCGCAGGCGCUGCAAUCGUACGUCCCUCCUCAGGAGGCGGCGCAGUAAACGUGUAAACUGCUGUAGUCGACGAUUCCGCGGGACCCUCUGAAUUCGGGUGGGGGCUGGUCAGAGGCCUAGCCACCCUUCAUGGGGUCAGCGCAUUCACGGAGAUUUUCCCAGACCGACCAAGCGCUGCCAUCAUUGCAGACAGCGCUUCGUUGCAUCGGGAGUCUCUCGUGGUGCGUCGGAUCACAAACCCGUAGCACAUGACGGUGUGCUGCGCACUUUGAAUCCACGCGUGAAUUCGUUCGAGAUGUUCAAGAGUGUACGAGUGUUGCAGCUUCCUCCGACAAAUUAGAGUAAAUGAUAGUGUUGGUGGAGCCUGUAACCGUGCAAUCGCGAACGUCGAUGCUAGAAUCGAGCUCAAGGGCUCAUGGUCGUGAAUAAAAUAUCGUCUUCACCUUCC